CGUAAAAAAAACUUGGAAGAAAAAAAAAGAAUUAUUAUUUUAAUUGUAGCCAUCAGGUAAUUUGCCCAACUGCUACCUCAUUAAAUUAUGUUGUGAGAACAAGUUACUUACAAGUAUUUAGGAGAAGGAGAUUAUUCGUAAAAAUCGGGCCUUUUUUUGUCAUUCUCAUCAUGUCGAGGGAGGUGUGCUUCUUCUGCUUGAAGGUCAUCGACCCCACUGCCACCCCUUCGUCGUCUUCGGCAAGAAGUCACGAUAAGAAAGCGGAGACCAGAAAAAUAAAAAUUUUAACCCUGUCGGAAUUAUUGUUGUCAUCGUUACUUUCUGGAAAGAGGAUUACACCACCAUUUGACCAAGAGGAUGACCCCACCUGUUGUGACCUUUGUCCCGUUUGCGCCCCCAUGAUAAAUGAGAUGGAACAAGUUCGCGCUCUAAUAUCUCUCCUCGAGAAACAGAUUGGGAUGAAAAUUGCUCAAAUUCAGGAAAUGUUGGCAUCAAAUUCGCCAUCGUUAGGGGAUCACGACGACGACGACGACAAGGUUCAUAAAUUGAGGACAAUUCUCCUCCAGAAAAUGAUGAUGGGUGGUGAUGGUGACGACGACAGGGAGAAACAAAGUGACGAUGUGGUGGUGGAAGAAGUGGACGAAGAACUGGUCAAAGUUGAACCGGGUUACGAGGUCGAAGUGAUCGUUGGAGGAGGUGACGAAAUCUGUGACAAGUAUUAUAACUCCUGCUCGCCCUCGCCCACUAAAGAAAAUAAUGAAGAGAAAGAGAAGAUACAUUCUUUAAAAGAUGAUGGUAACCAUGGCGACAAAGAUGAGGUGGUUUCACAUUCACCAGAGAACAGGAAACUUCUGUCAUCUCGAGAAAUGAUGUCGUUGAGGGGAAGAAAACGACCCAUAGAAAAUAAUGACGAUUCUCUUCCACGACUCGAAAUCCACACCAAAGCCAAACGUACCAGAACGCUGACCGUGUCCUUAGAGCGGAUCACUACCUCCCCUCCAAAAUCCAGCCGGAUAUCCACCCCCUCUGCGACAACGGGGAAAGAGGAGGUCGGGUCACCACGUAGCUCCUCCCUCCUCCAAGAUGCCCCAGCCCCUCUUUCUUCAGACCCUUCGCCUCGUCAAGGUCAACAAUUGGAGGAACAUGGCAAAAUAGUCCCACACCCCCACAAAUGUCCUUCUUGUUCCUUAAUAUUCUCCACCGCUUUCAAGUUAUCCUCUCACACGGCACGCCAACACCUCAUCCCCUGUUUGACGCCAGAGUGUUCGGAAACGUUUCCGACCUACAAGGCGAGAAACGCCCACGGGAGAGAGAUCCAUCCUGAUGAUCGCGCCUACAUAAACACCGACCCUUCCAGGAUGUCUGAAAGGGUGAUCAAUUUCUACAAAACGACGGCCCAGAGAGAUGUCAACCUAACGUGGAAAGCGUUCAAGGAGGAAGGAGUCCAUAGAAAUUCUGUCUACAGAUAUCUGAAAAAGUUGAGGCAGGAGGAAGCCGCAGAAAAUCCGAAGGUGAAGUGCCCCAGGGAGCCCCAAUGCCUCAAGAAGUGCAUCCCCUGUGGUAAAACCUUCCCUAGACGGGACCUCUAUCUCGGUCACGUUGCUCGCGAACACACCCACGUGCGCGAACACGUGUGUCAUAUUUGUGGCAAGGACUUCUACACCGUGCGCUGUCUUAAGUCCCACCUUAAGCGUCACGACAACCCGAGACGGCACAGGUGUAAAAUGUGUGAGGCAACGUUUGGGCAUCAAACUGCGUUGGAAAGGCACCGCAUCAAGGAACACGGCGCAGAUCCAGUGAUUUGCGACGAGUGUGGAGGAAGUUUCAUGUCCCGUGCCGCGUUACGAGAACACAGGAUGAAGAAGCAUAUGGGAAUUAAGAGAUGCUACAAAUGUGCCGCUACCUUUCCCUGUAGGGAAGAAUUGCAUCUUCACCUGAAAUCCCACACCGACGACCCGCGCCCCCACUCGUGCCCCCACUGCGAGGACAACUUCAUAACAAGGGCCCACAUGAGGGAGCACGUCAAUCGAGUCCACACCCCCAACUAUGUCGCCCCCACUCCGUGGAAAUGUUCCCAGUGUGAAAAAUCCUACCAGUUCCCGGGCCUUUUGAAGAAACACGUGCUCCAAAGCCACACCCAAGAAAGGCCACACACGUGCUCCCAAUGUGGAAAAGCAUUCGUUACCAUGGCAACGUUAAGGCUGCACAUAAAGGGAAAGCAUGGGUGGAGAGGGUGGAGACACGGAGAAAAAAUAAGGGUAGGGUCACAAGGUCGAGAAAGGUCAAGUUACCCGAAUCUUCUGAGGAGGAGGAGGAAGAAGACGAUUCCUCUACUGAGGAGUGUUAAAUAUUCUAAGAAAAUAUUUGCUCAAAUUUAUCUAAAAUAUUUAACUAGCUAGAUUUUGUAGGCAUGAGUAAAUGUAAAAGAACUUAGAUGUUUCAUUAUCAGGAAAAUGUAAGUUUUCUAGAAAAAUUAACGUCAAAGUUGUUAGUUGGAAAAUUGCAAAAAUUUCUAGCCUGAACUAAACAUGUAGAUACAUAAACUUUGUCUGUCCCUAAAUACAAUUUCUAUUAUUACGAAAUCGCAUAACCCGACUUGGAUGCAGACAAUAAAAUAUUACACCGUUUAAAAAAAAA